CCUACGUUACAUUCGUAUAAUAUGAUUCAGUUUCGCCAGCGCUAUUACGGGGUGAGAUUUGCAAAGUGUGUCUGAACAUCUCUCUCUCGAAAAGUGCGUCGCACGUAAGUGCGAAGCGUGAUAUGAAAUAGUGAAUUGGAUUGUGAUUCAAAUGGACAGGCGAUACUAACCUCGCGUCAUGGGAUUGUGAAAGGAAUCGAGAACGUAUAAGAAGGUGGCAGGAAGUGGGAAAAGGGCCAGGGAUACAACGCUCACGCCCGGUUGUCACGACGCCAUGUUUCCCCGAAGUGGCCUACCGAUGUCGAGUAUCCCUUUGAUGAUACUCUGCUUUUUCGUACUUACCGUUGCCGGCCUUGACGAAUCUGCUGUUGAAAAAAUAGAAACCACUGAGUCAAAAAAUGAGAAUCCAGCAGUGUUAGAAAUUACAGCAUCUCAAGAUUUAGAAGGUAUAGAGGCUGGUAGUACUCCAUCACUUAUAUGUAAACUCAAUGUACCUGGUCAAAUAUGGUGGACCAGCAAUGGAAAGAAUCUCACCACUAUUAAAGAUUUUGAUUCUGGAGGACGUUUGGAUAUUAAACAGGCUAGUAGAAAUGAUACAGGAGACUAUAAGUGUAUGGCACAAACUGCAGAUGGAGAAUUGUUAAAAAAGGAUGUUCAUAUUAGAGUUAUUGAACCAGGUAGAAUAACAGCUGGGGAAGAUAUUAGGGCAAAAGUGAUGGAAUCAGCUAAUUUGACAUGCCUCAUGCAUGGUUAUCCAUUAUCUCAAUUUACUUGGUUAAAAGGGAAUGAUUCAGAAAGUACCGACCACUGGAAGGAUUUCACCACUAUCACGCAAAUAAACGAAACUCUCACUCUUCUGACUUUAGAAUUUGAGAGCUUAACUCGGAAAGAUAAUGGAACGUAUAUUUGUAAAGCACGCGAUUACAGCGGCGAAAUUAGCGCUUAUAGACAUCUCUUUGUGAUUGAUGUACCGAAAGUGAGCAUCGACUUUAUGAAAGCUGUUGGUGCUGGAAGUAUAUUCUUAAACUGGACUGUAAAUGAUGGCAACGAACCGAUUAAAGAAUACGUUAUUCAACAUAUGAAAAACGGAACUAAUCAAUAUCAAUAUUAUUCUAAACAAAUUGGAGGUGGUAAUUCGAGUUAUGUUUUAAGAGGUUUUGAAAGUGGUACAGCGUAUCAGAUUGGAAUUAGCGCUACAAAUACCGUGGGUACAUCACACGUACGACUUGAUCCACGUUGGAUUACUACGCUUGAAAAAGAUCCUAUAUUUGUGCCAAAAGUUUCCGUUAACGGAGUCACUGAAAAUUCCAUUACAAUAGGAUGGACAGUACCGCCACCGGAUUUAAAAGAACACGUUCAUUAUUAUAAUUUAAUGGUUACACAUGGAGAUCAGAAAAGAGAAGCAGUAUAUCCAGCGCAACCAUUUACUGUCUACGCAUUUGUCGAUCUCGAUCCCGAUACAACGUAUAAGUUUAAAAUUGCCGCGUGUAGUGAAUAUACAAAGGAAUGUGGAAACUGGAGCAUUGAAGUGAAUGGUACUACUUUAGAUGGAGUGGCCAGUCCUCCUCAGAAUUUAUCUGUUAAUUGUCGAUUCGAUAAUAUAAGUAGCUCCAGUUUUAUCUCUAUUACAUGGGAUCAUCCAGAGAAAUCUAACGGCGUUAUUACUCGUUAUAAUAUACAAUUAAUCGGCAUCGCUAGAUUUAAAAAUGGUAUGGGUCGUUUAGAUAUUGAUACUUGGGGACCACAGAAUUGGAGUGUUAAAAAAAAUAGCACGCGUUUUAAUCAAAUACCGGCUAAUACAAAUUACACGGUUCGUGUGAACGGUGUAACUAGAUCUCGUACACCAGGAAAGGAUGCUGUCGGUAACUGUACCACGCCAAUUACCAUACCAGAUAGAGAUAGCUUAAACAUGCGAACGUGGCGAAAAAUCGAGAAUCAGGGUAAACAGUUGUUUAAGUUAUAUCUCCCGCGUAUCACAGAAAGAAAUGGUCCUAUAUGUUGUUAUAGAGUUUAUUUAGUAAAAUUAGCACCACGAAAAAGCGUCACUGAUUUACCGCCACCUGAAGAAAUUAGUGUGUAUUCCUAUCAAUAUGCCCAUAAUUCACCUUCUGGUGGUGCUUACGUUGCCGAAACAUUCGAUAGUGAUCGAUUGGUACCGGAGAUUUUUCUUGGCGAUGGCGAAUCAUUCAACAGUAGUAGCAUGUGCAACAAAUGUAUUGGACUUAGGCCAAAAGCCGCCCCACCAGUAUUACAUUUUGUUCCCGAAGUUACAACAACCAUCUCAGCACUUAAUACAACACCUGCCACUACUUCAACGCCAAUAACAUGGACUACAACUCCCGUUCCAACAACAUCGUCAGCUACUACUCAAAAGGUCGAAACAACUAUUGCAAAUCUAAUAGACAAUAAUCAUACAGAGACUGUGGAAAGAAGAAAAAGAGAAAAUAUGGCUACCCAAAAAACAAAGGGUAAUGAUGGAUCUUCUGAAGUACCAUCAUUUACCGCACAAGAUGGUUUCUUAGAUGAAAAUUCAAACUACACGGGUUUUAUCGAAGUUAUUGUAUUUGGAAAUCAAGAUCAGCUUUUACCAGCCUAUAGUAAUUACUUUAAUCCUCUUUAUGGAGGGUUAGAUCCCGUAGCCGUGGUGUCAGCGGAAGUGACCACAUUCAGCGUAAUUCUGCAAAUUUCCAUUGCUCUUAUACUGAUCAUCAUCAUUCUUCUCAUUGCACUUUGUAUAUUGCACAGAUAUACAAAGCGUGCUCAACAGAGAGGAGAAGAAAUUAUAACUUUGAGAAAUAGUUUCAGGCAUUUAUGCAGGAGUCUUAGAGGUAGACAUCAAUUGGUAGCAGCAAGCCCACCAGACAUGCCUCCCAUUCCUAAAGGUGAACUGCUCCAGGCAUAUCUCGAACGACAUCGGGAUUCUGAUUAUGGUUUUCAACACGAAUUCGAAUUGCUACCGGAUAGAUUUACAGAUCGUACAACAAGAGCUUCGGAGGCACGUGAAAAUCUAUACAAAAAUCGUUAUCCAGAUAUAAAGUGUUACGAUCAGACUAGAGUAAGACUCGCACAAAUGGAUGGAAUUUGCGGAUCUGAUUACAUAAAUGCGAACUUUGUGUUAGGAUACAAAGAACGUAAAAAAUUUAUAUGCGCUCAAGGUCCAAUGGAAAAUACCGUUUGCGAUUAUUGGAGAAUGAUUUGGGAACAACAUCUUGAGCUGAUACUUAUGUUAACGAAUCUCGAAGAAUACUCAAAAACGAAAUGCGCAAAAUACUGGCCAGACAAAGGUGAAACUAAAAAUUUUGGCGACAUCACUGUUGAACAUGUUCGAGAAAGAGCUUACUCAGAUUACGUUGUUCGUGAAUUAAAAAUGACACGAUUAGGAGAACGGGAUGCACGCACCAUCGUUCAGUAUCAUUUCUUAGUUUGGAAAGACUUUAUGGCACCAGAACAUCCUCAUGCGAUACUGAGGUUUAUCAAAAGAGUGAAUGAAGCUUAUUCGCUGGAAAAGGGGCCGAUAUUAGUACAUUGCAGUGCAGGUGUCGGGCGAACAGGAACAUUAGUCGCAUUAGAUUCCUUGCUGCAACAACUUGCAGAAGAAGGUCAAGUUUCGAUUUUCAAUACAGUAUGUGAUCUAAGACAUCAAAGAAACUUUUUAGUGCAAUCGUUAAAACAAUAUAUUUUCACUUAUCGUGCGUUAAUGGAAAUGGCACAAUACGGGGAUACGGAAAUUCCAGCAUCUCAGCUUAAAACUACAGUUACAAGAUUAAGACAACGAGAUAAUGGUAAAGAAAAAUGUAGAAUGGAGGAAGAGUAUGAUAAAAUCAAUUCUGUAUUAGAAGACAGAAAAUCAUUUUCUGUUGGUGGAGGAGAAGAAAAUAAGAGCAAGAAUAGAAGUGAAUUAAUAAUACCAUAUGACAGAAAUCGAGUAAUUCUUACACCCGUUCCAGGUAGAGAACAUUCAACGUAUAUAAAUGCAUCAUUUAUUGAAGGCUAUGACAAUUCCGAGUCGUUUGUUAUCACCCAAGAUCCGUUGGACACUACGAUAGCAGACUUCUGGCGAAUGAUUUCAGAACAAUGCAUCUCUACGAUAGUAAUGUUAUCCGAUUUAAAUGAAGGUCCACGAAAAUGUCCACGUUAUUGGCCUGAUGACGAUGCAGCAUACGAUCACAUAAGAGUUAGAUAUAUUCAAAGCGAGAGCUGUCCAUAUUACACUCGCCGUGAAUUCUGUGUUUCUAACACUAAAACUGACGAAAGCGUUGUUGUAACACAAUACCAAUAUCAUGGAUGGCCAACGGUAGAGGGAGAAGUACCUGAAGUAACUCGUGGUCUCAUUGAACUUGUAAACCAAACACUUACAAAUGACACAGAAUCAAGCGGCUCGCUAGUCGUACACUGCAGUUAUGGAUCUGAUAGGAGUUCUAUGUUCGUCGCUCUUAGUAUAUUGGUUCAACAACUAAGGACUGAAAAACGCGUAGAUAUAUUUACAACGACGAAGAAGUUACGAUCGCAAAGACACGGCAUGAUUAGCACUUUUGCACAAUACGAAUUUCUACAUCGUGCUAUCGUGAAUUAUUCAGAUCUUCAUAAUUUGGCCGACGACGAACCAGCUUCUUAAUACCAUGGAAUGUAACAAUGGAACAUCUCGGUAAUGUUCGGUGAAUAUGUGCAUAAAGACAAUUCACGUACAAAAAAUGUUUGAAAAUGUACGAAUGCUCAACAAAACGUAUAUUGGGCCAACCAAAGAAAUUACUAAUAUAUUGGUGAAACAAAUACAUCAUGAAGUUAGACUGAAAUAUGCAUAAGCAUAAGCAACUAUCGAUCUUUGACAAUUUUCAUAUUUUAUGCACAGACUAUCGAAUUAUGUGUAUUAGACAUUUAUUCGUACUACAAGAAGUAAGCAGUAAACAUUUCACAUUGAAAAAUUCAUAGGAUUAAACUAAACAUACGAUUGGUUUGAUAUGAUACAGAAAUACAAUUAACCAAUUAUUGGUUAAUCGUUAAAAAGUGUAAUACAGUGAAAACGCUCGUGGUAUCAUGUUCUUGACAACGUUGUGAACCAAUCUCAAUAAUUUAUUUUUAUUGAAAAGCUGAAAUAGUGUAACAGUUAACAUUUUUGUGAUUGAAAAUGGGAUACGAGGAAAGCAUUGACGCAACAAAGUAAGUGCGUUUUUAUUAACAAAUACGACUAUUUGGUGGACUUAUGAAAGAACUAAGCGUAUUUAUAAGACGUACGAAUAUUCUGACAAGUGGACCAUAUAACUUACCAAUCUAAUAUUUGAUCGUGCGUUUAUAUCGUUAGAAUGUUCAAGCUCAAUGUGAAAUGUAAAAUACAUUGCAACAUUAAAAUUAUGUUUCAUGAAAAAUAAAAAACUUCUAUGUAUAUCUUAAACUUAACUUUUAUGUUUUUUUAGCGCGUUAUAUUAUACAUAUGUGUAUAUUCCUUUUCAUACACGAUCACAUAUAGAUGGCAUAGUUUAUAUGGAUUAAAGCUGAAUUAAGAACUGGGUUGUAUUCUUCCAAACGAUUUUGCUGGCAUGCAUUGUUAAUCUACCGUUCGAUGGCAAGGAAAGAUCAAACACUAAUUUGAUCUACCUUACAAUUUACGAUUAUUAAUGAUACUACGCACGCAGUGUGUGUUUAUUAGUGCAGGAUUAUUUGUAACAUAGGAGUCAUAUACAAUAUAAAACGUGCAUACGCUAAUUUUUCUUCUAAACAAAGACUGAUCUUCUUAUUCAGUUCGAAAUUCGCGAAGAACGGCAUGCAAAAUUGCUGUGAAUUGUAACACGAGGAGAAAAAUCAUUUUUUACUUUUUCAUACACGAAAUAAUUAGGAAUAUAUCUGUGUGUGUGGCAUGUCCGCAAAUGUGCUUUGUAAGUCACCGACGAAGUGUUACGCAUAAUUGGAGGGCUUACGCGGCACAAUAGGAGUUAGGUUUUUACUUGAGAAUACUAAAGACAUAGGUAGUUUUUAUGCAUUUAAAGAAAAUUUAUCAAUUAAAUUAUUCGAAUGACUGUGAAACGAACCUAAUCUGGGAGGGUCCUCUUAAUUCAUAAUUAAUUAAAAAAUAAAAUUAUCGGAAAGACAUUAUACCGGAAUAAAAUUGAAUUUUUAUAUUAAUAACAGGAACUACCUAUAGCUGCUAGUGUUCUACCUCACAGUGGAUAAUGCUAAAUAUAAAAACAGGUCGAUGAGAUUACUAUAAAUAAGGAAAGAAAAAAAAUGGAAUCAUUCAAGUGAAAAAAUUGCGAAAUUAUGCACUAUAUAUGUUAUUUCUUCGCACGCUCGUUCUUUUCUAGUCAAGUUUUUAACUCCGACACGUGCGCUGCUAAGCCAUUCAUUUAUGGCAGGGGACAAUCACAUUUUAAAUUCUUGAUUUACAUCGCAUCGAUCGGCAGGAUUUAUUUUUCUUUUCUUUCCUUCGUGUCAGUUUCAUUCCAUUCGCGUGCAUACAGUGCACGUCCCUACUCGAUGUAUAUGUGUGUAUAACCUACUCGUUAACUGAGAAACAAUUAGUUGCUAGUUUGCGCUUCGAUUAUGUUGUAAUUGAUAGAUAUCUAAGAGACGAUUAUGUUCCGUCUGGAAUUAGAAUCGCUACUAUCACUACUGUUGCUUUAUUGUAUUAACAAACGGUGUGACGUAUUUGUUUUUAUACUCAGACAGACUUAUGCAUAGAAGUAUUUACGAAGGUGCAAAGUGCCUACGAAUUUCCACCUAGUCCCAUAUUUUACACAAUGUAACAUGGUUAAUGAUAUUUGUCUUUUUCCCGUGAAUUUUAUGUAAUUAAUUGAUUACAAAUCAUUUGAUUAGGCAUGAUAUUGGACAUUUCUAAGAUAUAAAAUAUUUAAAGAUACUCUAUACUAUUUUGUAUGUAUUAUUUCUAUACAUGUUUACAUCAAUAGUUUAUAUAUACUUUAUAAAUGAUGGGAUUUUUACACUACCUGAAUAUUUACACUUUUAUAACCUUCAUUAUAAUUUUAUGAAAACUUAUUUUGUUCGACAACUCAAUACUCCUUAAUUUGCAUAGAUUUUAUACAUGCCUUUUUUGGUCAGUGCAAAAAGAAUAUUGUAUGGUGGAAAUUCUUAAACAUUUUGUAUAGUAGUUGUAGUCUAGAAUGAUUUUUAUAUUGAAAUAUAAUGGAAAGAUUUUUUUUAAAGGCAAA